AAAUAUGGAUUCACACUCCAACCUUAGGUUGGGAAUUUUAAGGAAGAAUAUAAAUUUAUUUGUACAAACCUGUAAACUACCAUACUCAGUAAUGAACAAAUGAGGUAAAGGCAAGCCCAGUAUAGGUCAAAUAAAAUAUAAAAGAAGGAUAAAAAGUAAAAGACGCGAAAAUUUUUAGAGAAUUUUAUUAAAAAUGGAAUGGUACCAUGUUUGGAACGCUGAAUAUAUAAACCAUAAACAAGAACAUGACCUAGGAGUGAUAGAACCAGAGGAAUGUUUAGCAUGUGAAAUAUGUAAUCCAAUAGAAAGAGAAGUAUCAGCAGCAUUCAAGAAAUUUUGGGAUGCUUUAUUUAAAUUCGAGGAUACAAUACUAAUGUACAAUAAUGUAACACAUAAAGAAUUAUUGAAUUUAUUAAGUAUGGACAAUAGAGAAAGGGAGGAUACAAUACAUAAGGGAAAAUGUAGGAAUAUAGUAGAUAGAAUAAUUGAAUCAAUAAGGUACAGACAACAACCAAAAAUGAAGGAAAAAGGAUUGAGAAUAAUAAUUGUAGUAAUUGUAAGGGAUUGUAUUGAAGGAAACUUGGAAAAUGAAGUAUUUGAUCGAUUAAUAGGAUGUCCAGAAAUAAUGAAACAUGGAUACAUUUUAGAAGAUUGGGAUGUUGAAAAUAGAUUUCAAAAAUUUUGGGAUUGGUAUAACACGAUAUUGGAAAAUGAAAUGAAAGCAAUACAUGUUAAGAAGUUAGCAAUGAAGUUAUUCAGGGAUCUAUUAUAUGAAGAAACAGAAGAUCUGUUGAGGAAAGAAGAGGUAAUUGAAUUAUUACUCCAGAUAGAAUAUCAGAAUAGAUGUGAGACAGACACGCAAGAAGGAGGUGAUGCAUGGAUAAGAUAUGUAUCAAAAGUAAGACAAAGAUUUAUUGAUACCAAACAAUUUACAAGGGAACCUGAGGACCCAGAAAGUGAUAGUCCUGAAAGUUAUGAAUUAGAGGACAGUGAUGGUAGUAUACAUUAUGAAAUAAAAAUAGAGGAUGAUGUCGAAUGGACAGUGGAAUCAUUAAAAAGAAAAAUUGAAGAAAUGGGUGGAAGGUUCACCGACAAAGAUAUACAAAGAAUGUGGGACCUAAGGAUAAGGAUAGAAUUGAUAUUAACAGAGGACUUUUUAGGUACAUUUUUCGAAUUAAUGAGACUAAGUGAUGAAAAAUUAAAAGAUGAAAUAAAUGAAUGGUUAACAAAAGAAACAUUAAUAUGUGGAAAUUGUAGAAAUAGAAAAAAUAGAGAGAAUAAGAAAAUUCAGGAUAAGCAAUAGUAUAAUAUUAACAACGGAAUUUAUGGAAGAAUAUCUCCAGGAAAUUGAUACGAAUGACAAAGAAUUAAGGACGAAAUUAUAUGAAUGGAUAAAUGAAAAUACCACAUUUUGUAAUGAAUGUGGAAUAAGAUGGAUAAACAAUAAAUUUGACGAAGGAAAAACCAAGUGUAGGGAUUGUGAAAAUGACGAAAAUGAAAUUGAUAUCAGGGUUAAAAGAUUAAAACAAAUAUGUGAUGAUAAUAAAAUAGGAAUAACUAAUGGAGAGUUAUUGAGGUUAAUCAGUAUGGGAUAUACUGAUGGA